GUACGGACAAACAUGAAACUAAUUAGGUCUGGUUAAAUUGGCGCCUUUUUAUCCCCAAUUCUUCAAAACUCAAAAACCCUAAAAAAUGGUAAACUCUAUGAGAAAUUCAUAACAUAAUUUAUGGCUAAAAUGAUUUGUGUUGAUUUCAAACCCUAAUUUGUUCCAAGAAAAAUGAUAUUCUUGUCUGGUUUUGCUAAUCGUCUUCCUCUCAGAGGCUUUCAAGGAGCUUCACUUUCCUCACUCAGCUCUGUACUCAAGAAAGGAGGAAGAGAUGUCAUCCACUCUUUCGGCAAGAGAAAUUGUUCCUUCUCUUCUACAGUGGAAGUUUCAGAGUUUGAACAUGAUGGAUUCCAUGAUGAUGCUAAAUCAACAGAGAAAGACGCGGCACUAUAUUUAGCACUUUCACGACUUUCUGGUGAUUUUGAUAAAGAAUCACCAUUGUGUUUACGACGGUUCUUUGGCAUUCGACGUGUGCCUGUCGUAUCAACGGGAUCAUUGAAGCUUGAUCUAGCUCUUGGGGUUGGAGGACUACCGAAAGGAAGAUUUGUUGAAAUUUAUGGUUUGGAAGCAUCUGGGAAGACCACACUCGCACUUCACAUUAUUAAGGAAGCUCAAAAGGCUGGAGGUGUUUGUGCUUAUUUCGAUGUAGAGAAUGCAAUAGACCCUUUUCUUGUAGAGUCAAUGGGUGUAGACACACAAAGUCUUCUUAUUUCACAUCCCAAUUCUGCUGAAAAUUUACUUAGUGCAGUUGACACUCUUACGAAAAGUGGAGCCGUAGAUGUCAUUGUGGUCGAUAGUGUAGCAGCCCUUGUACCCCAAUGUGAAAUCGAUGUUUCACUUGGUGGUGUGAGGAAAGAUGAACAAUCACGAAUAAUGACCCAGGCCCUUCGAAAAAUACAUUAUUCAUUAUGCAAUUCUCAAACUCUUAUUGUUCUUGUUAAUCAGGUUCGAUUUGGUUCAAAAUCAAGCGAAGGUUCUGACUCUAUAGACGAAUACACUUGUGGUGGGAAUGCCUUGAAAUUCUAUGCGGCUAUUCGGUUGAGACUAAAAAAGACUGGACUUCUUGAGAAUGAAAAUAAGGAGGUUACUGGUCUGGGGAUCAGUGUUCAAGUGGUGAAAAACAAACUGGCACCGGCAAUGAAAAAAGCUGAAUUGGGAUUGCAGUUCGGAAGAGGCUUUCGGUGCGAAUCUGAGGUGUUGGAAUUGGCUUGUAAUCAUGGAGUCAUUGUGAAAGAAGGAAAUAGUUACCUAAUAGAAGGGGAAGUUUUUAGUAACAAACAUGCAGCUGAGAAACAUCUUGCUGAAAAUGAAAUGAUUUAUGACAAUUUAGUGAGUAUUUUAAGAAAAUUGCUGUUCGAGACCAGAAGAGAGCGUCGGUGAGCCUUGGAUGACCGAGCUUCAAGCUCGAUUUUGAAUUCAUUUCAGCACGGAAGGACACAAGCUGCAUUCAGUUUUAUAAUGUCCAAAUCUAUCAAUCGAGAAAUCGAUAGAGCUGAUUGUGUGACUGACGAAGCUGUCUGAUUGGUGUGAACAUCGAAGUUGCUCCGUUGUUCAAGACCCUUCAUGUCAUAGAAUUCAACAACGGAUCAGAUCAGCUGGCCAUUAGUUCUACUUGUAGAAGAGGCAAUAGAAAUUUGUAAUUGUGAAGGUAAGCAAGCUAAAAGAGCUCUUCCCUUUGCCAUGCAUGAUUUUCUUUACUAUGAAAUAUUCUAUUAUGCACAAUUCAUUGCCCACUAUUAUUAUCAUUAUUAUUUAAAUUUAAGGAUAUUUGUGGCGAAACACUUUUAACAUUUACAAUUGUUACAUAUAUGACUUUAAUAAAGAAAGUGACGGUAAAACGAUCUUAUCUUAUGAUUUUAUUGCAGUUGUAUCUUUUUUUUGGUUGUAAGUGUCAGUUCAAAAAUAUGUAACAAUAUAUUUUUUUACCUUAUUUAAUACAUAGUCCAAUAAUAAGUCGAUAUGUGCUUUUGAGUUGACACUUAAUGGCCAAAAAAGGGUACGAUUGUAACAAAAUUGUAAGAUAAUAUAUUUUUGCUGUUAUUUUUUUUAUUAGGGUCAUGUGUAACAAUUUUAAAUGUUUAAGAGUUUUCGCCACAAAUAGCCCUUUAAAGUUAUUAAUAUUAUGGCUGUUUCUCUA